CUAGAUAAUUAGUGAAAAAAACACUAAACACAGUCUCUCUCUCUCUCUCUCACACACACACACACAGCUCUAUAUAAUGAUUCGGUGGAUAGACAGAUUUGUGUAUUGAGUAGCUGAUUGUUAAUAGAUGGGUAGAUAGAGCUGGACAGACAGAGAGAUGUAUAAGGGGACAUACUGAUAAAGUGAUGGAUGGAAUAAUUGAUACAUAAUAGAUGGAUGGGUUGAGAGGCAGGUAAACAGGCAGACUGAUCGAGUCUGUGAUGGAUGGAUGGAUGGAUGGAUGGAUGGAUAGAUAGAUAGAUGGAUAGAUGGAUGGAUGACCUGAUUAUGUAGAGACAGAUGGAUAAUUGAAAACUGAUAGAAAGAUGACAGUGUGAACAGGUAGAUGUACAGAUCUAUAUAAAACUGAUCCAUAACAGAUGGUUGGAGAGAGAGAUGAGUAGAUGGAGAGAUAUAGGGAUAAACAGACAGAGACAGACAAGUACAUAGAAGGAUGGAAAGAUAGAUGUAUAGACUGACAGGUAGAUAAGACAUGCACUAAGGCAGAUAAACAGAUUCACAUGUGAGGUGAUGGAGGGACUAAAAAAAGGAUGACAAAUUAGUCAGACAGACAGGUUUGUGGGCAGACUGAUGGAUGGAUGGCAGACAGGCAGGGAGGGAAGGAGAUGGACUGAUUGAUGGUGAGACAGACAGACAGAAAUACAGAUGGAUGGAGAGAGAGACACAUAGACUGAUAGACAGAUGACAAGUAGUCAGACAGAAAGAUUGAUGGAUGAACUGGAAGACAGAUGGAUAGGUAGAGAGACAGAUAAAUGGUUGGACAUACUGACAGAUGGAUGGAGAGACAGCAAGACAGACAGAUGGAGAGACUGUAGACAGAUGGAUGGAGAGACAGAAAGACAGACGGAUGGAUGGAGAAACAGAAAGACGGAUGGAGAGAGAGAAAGACCGACAAAUGGAAAGACAGAAGGACAGAUGGAUGGUGUAACAGAAAGACAGUCAGUGUUUCAGUGUUCAGGCUGUGUGCAGGUGGAGGAGCAUCAUGCUGCUGAUAUCGACGUCUAUCACUGUCCUAACUGUCAUCCCAUCCACGGACCCUCCCUCAUGAAGAAGAGGAAUAAUUGGCACAGACAUGAUUACACAGAGGAGGAUGAUGGGAGGCGGCCAGUUCAGGCUGGAACAGCAGUGUUUAUACAGCAGCUGCAGGCCAGGAGCUUCCCCAGUGCUGAAGAGAUCGUGGUGCGGAUGCAGGGGAGUCAUGUGACGCGGCAUUACCUGGAGACCGAGGGGUUCUAUUACCCCAUCAUUGUGCAGGACAAGGAGGGUCUGGGGCUCAGACUGCCCCCGGCGUCCUUCUCCGUCAGAGACGUCCAGCACUACGUCGGAGGAGAUAAAGUGAUCGACGUGAUCGACGUGGCCAGGCAAGCGGACAGCAAGAUGAAGCUGAGGGAGUUUGUGAAGUAUUAUUACCAACCUGAACGUCCCAAAGUGCUCAACCUCAUCAGCCUGGAGUUCUCUGAUACCAGGAUGGCUGAGCUGGUGAAAGUACCAGAUAUCGCUCGUGAGAUGUCGUGGGUGGAGAAGUACUGGCCGGACGACUCCAUCUUCCCCAAGCCGUUUGUGCAGAAGUACUGCCUGAUGGGGGUGAAGAACAGCUACACCGACUUCCACAUCGACUUUGGAGGAACCUCCGUGUGGUACCACGUCCUCUGGGGAGAGAAGAUCUUCUACCUGAUCGAGCCGACCGAGACCAACCUUGCGCUGUACGAGUCGUGGAGCUCGUCGGCCAAUCAGAGCGAAGUAUUCUUCGGAGAGAAAGUGGAGAAGUGCUACAAGUGUGUAGUGAAGCAGGGCACCACUGUACUGCUCCCUACAGGUUGGAUCCACGCAGUUCUCACUUCUCAAGACUGCAUGGCCUUUGGGGGAAACUUCUUACACAACCUGAACAUCGGAAUGCAGCUCAUGUGUUAUGAGAUGGAGCGGAGACUAAAGACUCCUGAUCUGUUUAAGUUUCCGUAUUUUGAGGCCAUUAGCUGGUACGUGGCCAAGAACCUGCUGAAGACGCUGAGAGAGCUGCGAGAGGAGAAGCGUCAGCCUCAGGAGUAUCUGGUAGAAGGAGUGAAAGCUUUAAUCUCUGCCCUGAAGACCUGGCUGAGGAGGGAGUUAAUGGCAACAAACAGCGAGAUUCCGGACCACAUCCGGCCGAGCCUCCUGAUCAAGGAUCUGAGCAGGGAGAUCCGUCACCUGGAGGUGCAGGAGGAGGAUCCGAGUAAAUCUCAGGGAAACCUAGACAGCACAUCCGCUCGCUCCUCACUCGAGAGACGACACCAUGCGCAACGGGUUGCUCGGCGACUCAGACCCCAUCACCACCAUCAUCAUCAUCAUCAUCUUCAACACCAGCAUCAACAUCAACAUGAGCCCAGACUCCGGUCUAACCUGGACAUCCUGGAGCUGCACACUCGGGAAGUACUGAAGAGGCUGGAGGUCGGCCCUCUGGAGGAAGACUCUGACAUGAGCUCCAAGGUCAACAGGAAGUUUAAGAAGGUUGUCCAGCCCUCUGCUGUACCAGUCGACGGUAACCAUGACAACGCUCUGCGGCUGGUGCUGUGUAACGGCAGGAUUGUGUGUGAGAGGCUGCGUCUUGGGAACAUAGCUCUGAAAGCCGAGAAAGACGAGACAUCGCCAUGCCAACAGCAUCACGUUAGACCAGAAAAGCCAUCGUCAUGCCAACAAGAGAAAGUGAAAGUGGAGGCGGGUCAGAUCACUCGUCAUGAACUCAGGAUAAAGCUGACGAACCUCUCAGGGUUGAAGAAGGAAGAGGAGGAUGAGGAUGAGGAGGAAGAGGAGAAGGACAGUUCAGAAUCAGGGAGCUCUGAGGAUGAAGAGGAGUGUGAGAUACCUAAGAUGAGAAACUCAGGGAGUCAACAUCACAAACCACUCAAAAGGGAGCAUCCUUCCUCCCCCAGCAGAGUGUCAGAGGGGGGCGCUGUGACUCAGGAGACGUGGUGCAGUAGCAGUAAGAGUGCAGUAGAGGAAUGUUUCUACACUGACCGGUCACUCUCUCCUGCACUCCAUCCAUCCAAACGACACACACACAACUCCAGCCCCAUCAGCAACCAGGCCACUAAAGGAAAACGUCCGAAGAAAGGCAACGCAACGUCCAAGCAGAGGCUGAGCAAGCUGAUGAAGAUGAGCACACACACUCGUCUGCUGUUAUAACACAACAGCAACACACACUUCUCACUACCUAACACACACACACGUACCUUGCAUGUUUAAGCUUCAAGGUAUGUAGGAAUGGCACUAGCACGCUGAAGAUAGCACACAUGCUCGGGGAAAUUAAGUGAUGAGUUUAAUAAAUCAGUACAUUUUAAAAAUGUAUUUAAAAAAGAGAAAGAAAAAAGAAAGAAUGAAAAGUAGCGCAGGGAAAUUUGUGACGGAAUCAGCCAAAUGUUUCAGGAAGUGGUGUUUUUUUUUUUUAAAUUAUUUAAUUUCUGUGAGUAGAGAGUGUCCAUACCGCUAACACACACACACUUUUAAUCAUCGUCAUGUUUUAUUACAACAUUAAUACCUUUAUACCUGAGGUUUUUUUUUUA